AUGACGUGUCGGGAGCAGGAGGAGUUCGUCAGUCGAGAUCGUCACUCGAGACUUCCCGACGUGGACGUGGAGCGUGAGAAAACCAGUAUACCAAACGCGUUCCCUGUUCAGCAAUUAAGCUGCUGCAGGGAUGAGAGUGAGUUCUAUCGAACGUACCGUCGAAGUUUGGAGACGAAUUUGAGCCACUUCUACCGAUGCUACAUUCCACCGAUAACAGCGGAGCACCACACAUGUGUGGGUCUCGGCUUGGAGCUCAUCGAGCGGCUGGGAAAGCUUGGAAAGCGAUUCCCAGGCCUCGUGGACCGUUUAUACAUCGCAUCGUGUGAGGAGCUCAUUCCGGAGGUGGAGGAAUACAUUGACUCCGACCCGGAUCCGUCGGAGGUCGACAAGGAGCAUGUCCUCGUUGCUAUGAGGCUGGACAUCGCUGGCAGGAAGGGCUACCUCUUGCUUGAUCCUGGAUACCAUGUCGCCAGGGUCAUCACUGUUAUGGAGGACAAACAGUACCCCCAUACAGGUUGGUUCACCCAGUCUCAAGAUGAGACCUGCAAGAAAGAGUAUAACUACGUCAUUAGUGAAGAAAACCCAAGUUACAUACUGUGGAAUAUCCGUGAGAAACGAGGCGUGGCAGCCGAAAAACUGUCGCAGAGCAUCAUCUAUGUGGCUGCUCCGUUCAACACUCCUGUAGACGUAACCGAGCGACGCAACUUGUGUUACGAUUUCCGCAGUGUGCUGUCAAGAGACGCCAAGGGGCACCUCAUUUCUGGUAUAUACUUCCCAGUAACCUUGAAAGGGGCUGGUGAAUUUACUCUAUUCUAUCAGAAUGAGGACGGAACGAAGAUACGCAUGAAACUACCAUUUGCUGCUUUCAAGUCUCCAAAUUUGUUGCUGAGCGCCGAUCAAAUGCACGCAGUCAAAAUGUGCAACAAACAGCUCGGCUGGGCUGAUGGGAAGCUGAUUUCAAGACUAAAGAUGUUGAAUACGAUUCUGAAUGACAAGGACUUCGUGACGCAGAUGCUCAAUAUUAAUAUGAGCAUCAACGAACUCGGGCAAGAUAUUUAGCUACAGCACACAUUCUUGGGCACGCUCUUUCUCCACCCACCCAAUCCAGCCGCUUAAUCUACUAGGCUUAAUCUUCACUCUUUUCUUAGUCGUAAUGUUAUCGCGUAGUUGGUAAUGGGUUUUUAUCAUCGUUUAAGCGUAUAUUUUCUCAAUUAUCCAUUCAGAGUGAUGUAAUGUCUUUGUCUCUCGCCAGGUUAGACUUGUAAGUCAAUUUAUUUCCUUAAUAUCUGUCCUUAAGAAUCAUUGACCUAUUAUGAGCUAGAUACUCUUUGCUCAGUAUUUUGGACUGACUUAGUAUCCAGAUUUUGGAGAAUUUUCUCCUUUAGUCAAUUUGUUAUUUAAUCAACCUCGCCUCAAGCCACCAAAAUUGUUUUGAUUGGUAACGUUUAGAGUUGUUUGUCCAUUCUACAGUUAUUUCUAAAAAUGUUGAUGAAUUGUAAUUAAAUUAGAAGAUUUGUUCAUUAAGCACAUGGAAUUCAGUAUAUUUUUAACUUACAAAUUCUGUUGGAGAUAAUAUUAAUGUUCGUUUUUCUGUACUCAUUUUUUCUGGUAAUCAUAUGAGUGGUUUCAUACUUGAGGAAAAAAAAAUGAUUAAUUUUUAUUAUUACUUGACUAGAUCAACUGAAGAUGCCCUUGUUUGCAUAGUGGCAAGUUUUAAUACAAUUUUCUAUGAAAGGUUUUAAUGUGACAAGAAAUGAGUACACACCUGUGUAGACCCCAGCCUUACGUGUCUGAAUUAUUCCUCAAAUCAAAGUGUGAAUUAUGUUGGGUGGUGGUCUGUCUAGUAUUUACUGCUUAACUGAAGAUUGUAUUUUGUCCUCAACUAGAAAGAGGAUCUACAUAAAUAAUAUCUGAGGAACAGCUCACAAUAUGGCCGUUGAUUCAAUUUCAAUUAAACUGUAUUUUCUUCUCUCUAUUAUAGUUUAUAAUAUCUCACGAUAAGAUGUACGAACAUAAUCAGCUUCUUGCUUAAUUUCAAGGACAAAUAAUCAGCAAAUCAUUAAGUGAAUUAAUAAUAGUUUUCUAACUUGCUGCGUUGUUUGAUUUUUUCGCAAUAUUCUAACCAAAUUAUCCAAAUUGUAUCAAAACGAAUAUAUAUUUUGAUCUAUAUAGCUAAGGAUGCAUGAAUUUUAACCUGCCUUUUGUAGCUCUUAAUGCACAUUCCUGCACUCUUACUUUUUACCGCACCUGAGAAAUUAAUACCAGGAAGUUGAUUCAUGUAUGUGAUAGCCGCUAAGAAACCUUUGUACUCUCAAUCUGCCUUUGCACUGUUUAUCCAUCAAUUUAUAAUAAAGAGCAGUAAAUAAUCGCUCUGUCAGUUGUACAUCCGCUCAAUGCCACAGUGCAACAUUUUGAAAGUCACUCAGGUACAUACCUAUUUUUGAAACCUAAGAUGGAUGUAAUCUACUUUGUCGUUCACUAGAGUGAAUUUUAUGUUAAAAGAAGGAUUCCUAUUUUUAUGACUCAGAACCUGAUAAUAAUGAUUAAUUAAUUAAUUGUAAAUGCAUGAAAUUAGAUGUGUUAUCGUUAGUCUAAACUCAGUGUUUAAGUGGUGAAAGAAUAGAAGAGGAACGAAACCCCUAAAAAUUUUUGCAUUUGGAUGUGAUUGAUUUUUUCCCCUUUUUUUCUUCUUUCUUUUAAAAUGAUAUUGGUCAUUUUUAGUUAUGCAUUAAUAACCGAGGAGAAUUCGAGGCCGAUUAUUUUUAUCCGAUCGGCAACUUCUUCAAUCACCACUCAAAAGUUGAAUUCAAAAUGUAGUAAAUUAUCUCAAAGAAUUUUGGUUCUAACUGAUGCCUAUCGGCAACAUCAAUCACAUUCAUUUGCAAAAAUUCACUUAUUAUCUAAAAUGUGUUAUUAAUUGAAAAUAAGUAACAAUAUGAAUGAUUUCUAGAAUUCCUGUCAAUACGUCCUGUUAUAAAUCUUGCAAAUUCUCCCCAAGAUUUCUGCAGCCUUUACAAAGUAUAACUAAGUGCUAUGUGAUCUUGUUUAUGUAGUUAGUUUGAUCUUUUCAUCAAUGGAAAUUUGUUAGGAAGAAUUAGUUUAAAAAAAGCAGAAUCGGAAAGUUGAUUUUUCUUCAUGGGACUUGAUACCAUGAAUGACAGCACUUGUUUCAAUGAUACUAACAAAAAAAUUGAAAUCUAAAGAUUGUUUUAGUCACCUUCAUUUUCAUUGUUUUAAUUUUUGACUAACUCAGUUCUCUUUCUGUAGAACUGAACAUUUUAUCAACUUUUGACAUUUUGAGAUUUCAGUUUGCUCCUAAGCAAAAUUGUUUUAUGAUUUCCUCAGCUCUAAUGCUACCUUAAUUAUAGCAUUGGCUGUUGUGUUAAAUUAUACAAGUUAGGAAGCCAUUUUGCUCUUCUGAAAGUUAAAUUUAUGUGAAAGUAAAAUUUUGCGCUGCAAAAUGUGUUUUAUGGCUGUUGUCUUACAGUCGAGUUAAUCUAACCCCGUUUUACUAAUGUAAUCAAAUAGUUGCAAGCACACAGCAAAGAAAUAUUUUUCAUUCUUCGUCAUUUGACUUAACUGUUUUGAUGGCAAGUAUUUAGCAGUCAAUCUAGCUUUUCCUUUUCAAUGCCUCGUUACUGCUCUGUUUGUGUCAGCUGUUGCUUCCUCAGCGCCGACCUUUAUAGAAAUUAUUUUACAAACCUUCUUUCUCAGCAAUCGUAUCUGUUUAUUGCCAGUCAUGAACAACUGGAUUACAUCUGACAAUGAAAGAAAUGUAUCAAACAAUUUGAGGAAA